UCCAUGCGGAAGUGCUUCCAGUGUUGAAUGGGGGAGGUACACAUGUGUUUUCUGCGUGGUAGGUUGUGAAGGUUACGUUAGCCUGUCGGGAGUCUUUCAGAGACCAGUUGUUUGGACAUUGCAUUUUGUCGUGUGGAAAUCAGUCCUUUAUAUGCAGAGAUGGACCCAAUGAAAGCACAGCAGUUGGCGGCGGAGCUUGAAGUGGAAAUGAUGGCAGAUAUGUACAACCGAAUGACCAACGCAUGUCACAGGAAGUGCGUGCCCCCCCACUACAAAGAGGCGGAGCUGUCCAAGGGUGAGGCUGUAUGCCUUGACCGCUGUGUUGCUAAGUACCUGGACCUGCAUGAGCGGCUAGGACGCAAGCUGACCGAGCUCUCGGUGCAAGAUGAGGAGAUGAUGAGGAAGGCUGCUGUUAGCACUGGAUAAACAUCAACUGAGCGCAUGUGUGGAUUUGGGGGUACAGCUCAAGUGGCACUGAUCUUAAAGAGUUCCAGCAGUUAAAGUAGAGGGUCAAGAUGGUUUGGCGGGGUUUGAGUGUGUUGUAAGUUUUGUUCUGUGACUAGGUUUUUUUUUUUUUGUUGUUGUUUGUUAUGUUUUUGUUAAGGUUAUGAACAAACACAGUUUAGAAAAGAGGGAUGAAAACGAUGGGGGAUUUUCUUUCUUGCCACAUCAGAUAAUAUAUUUUGAAUCCUAGAUGAAUGGGGACCAGGUCCACUUUGGAUGUGUGCAGUGGACAAUGGUCAAUCUUUUUGUGUUGGUUUGUUUACGUGUCUGUUUUUAUUAUGUUAAUUAUUAAAUGCUAAUAAAUAAUAAUACUAACAAAUAA